UCCUCUCUCAGUCUCUCUCUCUCUCUCUCUCUGAAAUUCUCCGGCGUCGUCGUCUCCAGGGAUGGCGUAUCGGAGAAGGCACUCCGCGAAAUCGUAUCCAACGUUCGCGGAUGACCCUCCGUCGUCGCCCACUGGAGAAGAUGGUUCAUCGUUGGCCGCGGCGGCGAUCCGAGCGUCGGCCCUGCGCCGGGGCUUGUCUUUAUCGUCGGCCCAUGGAGGGUCCGUCCUUUCCUCGAGUUACAGGGACUCGCCGGAGCAUAGGGCGACCGAAAUGCAGCAGGCAUCUACAGCAUAUGAAUACACAUCAUUAAGUGACUUCAGGGAAUCCAAAUCAUCUGGAUUCUGGGGUGUUCUUGCUAUGAAAGCAAAAACCAUCUUUGAUGAAGAAAAUGGUACCCAGAAGAUUGAAGCACUCGUCAGAGGCGGCCCUCAGACCUCUGAAGCUUCCACAGGCACUCAGUUUCAUCAGUCACAUCAAUCUACUGAGAUCCCUCCAAAAAUGGAGAAUCCUACAGUCCAGAAAGGUUUAAAUGCCGUCACCACCUCCCUCAAUUAUAUUGGUGGGACGAUUGGAAAUGCCUUGGGGGAAGGUUUUACUGUCAUGGAAGCUAAAGCUGCAGAUAUUAUCUCCGACACACGCAAGCUUCAUAUCAGGAGAAAAGGAAAUGCUUAUGAUGCUCAGACACGGCAUUCAACUGACCCAGAUGUAAAAGGUCUGCGCGUGCCUGCCAUCAACGUGACUUCUACACAAGGGGACUUUGAAACCCAAUUGAAGGCAUCCCGCGACGUUGCAACGACCAUGGCUGCAAAAGCCAAGUUGCUACUUCGCGAGCUAAAAUCUGCUAAAGCAGAUUUGGCAUUUGCAAAGGAGCGAUGCGUCCAACUAGAGGAGGAAAACAGGGUUUUGCGGGAGGCUACUGAAAAAGGAGAAAGCCCAGAAGAUGAUGAUCUUAUCCGGUAUCAACUUGAGACGCUUUUGGCUGAGAAGGCAAGACUGGCUAAUGAGAACUCCAUUCAUGCACGAGAGAAUCGGUUCCUGCGCGAGAUUGUGGAAUACCAUCAACUGCAAGAUGUAGUCGACCUGGAAGAAGAAAUAGAAGAAGAAACGGAUGCGUCUCCAAUCAGCUUUGAGUCUGAACUGGAGACGGCCUUGUCUCCAGCACGUCAACCAUCUUCUGCCUCCCCAUCGGCCCCUCCUUCUCCUCGUACUGCUUCAGCUUCUCCUGCUGCUUCUUCACCCUGUGCACCAUCGUCACCUCGAACUCCAUCACCGCCUGCUCAUUCUGCCCCUCCAUCGCUAGACUUUUCUUCAUCUCCCCCGGCUCCUGCGUGACUGACGCUUCGUGCCAGACGCCCAGAAAGUCUGCCCUACAUUCCUAAUGUACAUUAUCUCUGUCGUGCAAGGCAAUCUGCUCCCCGUUUUUUUUUUUCCGUUUCCUUUUCCCGUGCCAAAGUGGCAAUAUUUGUUCCAAUUGUUAAUUAUGAUAGAGAAUC